AAGCCACUGUAAAAUGAAAUUGAGCGAGCUGAGAUAGCUAGAGAUGGCAGAAGUGAAGGUUUUAGGGUCGUGGGGAAGCCCCUUUAGCAGAAGAGUUGAGGUUGCUCUUAAACUCAAGGGAGUUGAAUAUGAAUUCUUAGAACAAGAUCUGUUCAACAAGACCCCCUUGCUUCUCAAAUCAAACCCUCUCUACAAGAAAGUCCCUGUGCUUUUGCACCAUGGAAACCCAAUCCCUGAGUCUCUCGUCAUUCUGGAGUAUAUCGACGACACCUUUCCCGGCAAUCCCAUUUUGCCCAAACAUCCCUACGAGAGAGCCAUGGCUCGUUUCUGGGCAAAGUUCAUAGACGACAAGUUAGUGCCUGCAUCGGAGAAAGCACUAUUUACCAAAGGUGAGGAACAGGAGAAGGGAAAAGAGGAAGUUUGUGAGCUUCUGAAAAUUCUGGAUAAUGAACUUAAGAAGAAGAAGUUGUUGGGAGGGGAGAGGAUUGGGCUUGCGGAUAUAGCCGGCAUGUACGUGGCCUUGUGGAUUGGAAUGCGUGAAGAAAUUAUGGGGGUGGAAUUGGGCGUGACCAAAGAAAAGUUCCCUCAUUUAUGUAGGUGGAAGGAGGAUUUGCUGAAUAGCGAGGUAAUUAAGGAGAACUUACCUUCUAGAGAUGAACUUGUUGCAUACUUGAGGCCCUACUACACCAAGCUAUUCAUGCCAGCAGAGCCCAGUGCUUCAGAGUGAGCCAGAGGAAUCUCCUUGCAUUGUUGAAACACUUUCAAGAUAGAAAAGUUUGCAAGAAUUCUAGUUUUAUUUCAGUUGUAAUAAGGGAAAGUUUAUGUCCCAUCUUGAUUGUAAUGCAUGUUUGGUUAUUAUUAAUAAAAGGAAAAUGAUGUCGGGAGCAACUCAAAUAGU